CUCAUAUCUUCCAUCCUCCCAGCCCCGUCCCCAUCGCCAAAACUCACAACUCCUUUUUCUGUGCUUCUGCAGGCGAAAAGUUGAAAACACAUCCAUCCAAUGGCAGAUUGGGGGCCGGUGAUUAUAGCGGUGGUGCUGUUCGUGCUCCUCAGUCCGGGGCUGCUGUUUCAGAUCCCAGCCAGAGGAAGGGUGGUUGAGUUUGGGAACAUGCAGACAAGCGGUGCUUCCAUUUUAGUCCACGCCAUCAUCUACUUCGGCCUCAUCACCAUCUUCCUCGUCGCCAUCGGCGUCCACGUCUACACUGGCUAAAUCUCUGUUUUCCAUUUCAUCUCUACGCUUAAAUUUAUGUCGCUAUUACUGUGUUUCUUUCUUAACUUCUCCAUUUUACGGAUUAUUGUUGUGAGACUUGUGCUAUUACUGUAUCAUUGGAGUUUCAGCGAUUACGGUAAAGAGUGUAAAUUUGGUUUGCUUUCCAAACGCGAUCCUUAAAUUCACUGGUUA